AUGUUCCAUCACGAUGAUGUCGACGUCGACGAACGUAAUGCCGACAAUGUUGACGAAUGCAGUGAUGACAACAUCGACGAACACAACGACGACGACGUCGACGAUCAGGACGACGGCGACGAAGACGACGACGGCGACGAACACGACAAAAACAACGACAAAAACGCGAGCAACGACGAUGACGACGACGAUGAAGUCAGAAAAGGAGCCAGAAGGAAUCAUGUUUAUUCACAAUACACAAAAGUAAAUGUUAGCAUAAACUUGCACCAUCACGUAUCCCCAUGUGACGCUGCCAAACAGACCCUGGUGGAGAUAGUGUUCUUACUGUCUAGGAGAAAAAGCACUGCAGAAAUUGGUGAAGCUCAUGUUGAUUGCAAUAUAUCCGACUAA